GCUUACUAGACUAGUAGGCGAUAAAGAGCCCAACUCGCGCGCGGACUGUUGUACAUCGCUGAAGAAGUAACGUCGACCUCGCAGACCGAUUUGCGGUAUAUAAUCUGCGUUCUUUGCAUUGCCGGUUGCAUUUAUUAGUGCGAUUUUAAGUAUUUUUAUUUAUUGUGGUUUUCUUAACAUUGUGAUUAUUAAGAACCUCAUUACCAAACGAAUGACGUUUUCAAGGCUCUAAAGACAACAUGAAACAGAGGAAUAGACAGUGCAAUAAAUAUGGGCUCUACUGAAAGCAUGACUAGCAUAAAUGGAGAAAACACAUUUCAUAAAAAGUAAUAAAAAUGCGAGGGCUGAUUGGGCGGUAUCUGCUAGCCGCCUAUAUCGCCAUGGUUAGCACAUACAAUACAACUAAUGAGCUGAUAAAAGAAGGUGAUUUAAGAAAACAACUUACUGAUGAGGAAUGGAGCAAGCUGAUUGGAGAUAAUGAUGAGAAUUUCACAAUAGCCUACGUGCCUCUGACGAUCUUGACUUCAAACUCAUCAAACCACAAAUUGCAAAUUGAAACGCCUAUAUUAGGUCGGACAUUUGAUUUGGACCUUGAGCCAUCUUCUAAAUUAAUAUCAACUGAUUUUGUGGUAUUAGAAACUUAUGCCAAUGGAUCUGUUCCUUAUCAGUUUAGAGAUGAGGAUACUCGAUGUUUUUUUAGAGGAACCAAUACUGCCCUUAGUUUGUGCCAAGGAGUGAAUGGUAUAUUACAAACAGACGAGGAUCACUACUACUUAAUACAUCCACUGCCGACGAGAUUUCACAAUACUGCCCACAUUCCGCAUCUAGUUAUAAAGAAACCCCACGACUUAUACAAAAAUAAAGACUAUUAUAAGCUAAAAGAAAAAUUAGACCAAUUAGAUAAUAUUAAGAGUAGUAUAAACAAAAAAUACAAUGAUUUUAAUAGAGAAAAUAAAUUUAGUAACAAGACUGCCGUCCAUAUGGCUGAUUUUAAAUUAAGCAAUAAAUUACUCAAACAAGCAAGCGAAAAUAAAGAAAAAUGGAGCAGUUUAUCUAAUAUCAAAGAACCGAAGUUUAUCCAAAAGAUAAUAAACAGAAAAUUGAAACGAGCCAAACGAGAAGUUUUUCCGGCGGGUGCGACUGUCUUCGUGGAAACGGCCGUGUUCGUCGACCGGGAUCUGUUCGAGCAUAUGAAAAGCAAUUUUCCUGUGGACACUGAGCGGGAAAUAAUUCGAUUUGUUUUGGCUAUGGUCAAUGCUGUCCAGCUGCUCUACCAUGAUCCAUCACUAGGACGUCCUGUCAAUUUUGUGUUAAAACGUUUAGAAAUAAUGAAAGAUGAAAUCACUGGCUUGAUAAGACCUCCGGAUAUUGACAGAUUCCUAUCGAACUUUUGUAACUGGCAAAGAACCAAGAAUCCGGCAGGCGAUAGAGAGCCGUUGCAUUGGGACCACGCAUUAAUAUUGACAGGAUUGGAUUUAUACGUCAGGGGUAAACACGGAAAGAUAUCCAAUCAAGUUGUGGGUUUGGCGCCAGUAGCUGGAAUGUGUACAGGUACAAGCAGUUGCACCGUCAAUGAAGGACGUCAUUUUGAAAGUGUGUAUGUUGUGGCACAUGAAAUUGGACACAACUUAGGAAUGAGACAUGAUGGACCACUAGCUGAUAAUGACUGUGAUCCAAGUAGCUACAUUAUGUCGCCAACUUUAGGUAGUGGAAAAAUUACCUGGUCGGCUUGUAGUAAGCGAUAUCUUCAGAAAUUCCUAGACACGCCUCAAUCAAGAUGCCUUUUAGAUCAUGGAAGUUCUGCUGGUCAGUUGGAUCAUGGAGCUGAAGGAGCCUUACCAGGCGAAAGAUUUAAUGCUGAUCAACAAUGUAUGCUAAAAUAUGGACGAGGAAGCAAGCAUUCUUCCCAGCAGCCUCUGGAUGACGUAUGUCGAGAUUUACAUUGCGAACGCGAAAGAUACACCUGGACAUCUCACCCUGCCUUGGAAGGCACACAUUGUGGAGGUGGCAUGUGGUGCCGUGGCGGUCGCUGUAUCCAAAAAGGCACCACCACGAAACAGGCUCAUAGCGGAGCAUUAAAACAAAGUCCAGAAAUAAAUCAAACAAAUGGCGGAUGGAGUGAUUGGCGAAAUGGUGAAUGCGCGUCAGGGUGCCUCUUUGGCGAAGAAGGGAGGCUUAGGAGUGGCAGCAGUGGGAUUAUGAUCUCCGAAAGGUUCUGCAAUAGCCCAAAACCCGGUGCUGGCGGAGCAAGUUGCGAGGGUCCAGAACGAAAAUACCAAACGUGCAAUGCUCAGCAAUGCCUGAACGUUCCUAGAUUGACUAUUAAAGAAUUUGCUGAGCAAAUAUGUACUAGGGCAAAGGAAGUGGACACGGAUUUGACAGGCUUGGGCAUGCAGAAAAUAAGUUCUGAUCCUGAAGAAGCAUGUGUGGUUUGGUGUCAAAAGCGUAAUGGAGGAACAAAAAGCAGAGGCUGGACCUUUCCGGAUGGGACAACAUGUCAAACUCGAAGAAAUCGAUACGGUAGAGCAAGUUACUGUAUAAAUGGCAAAUGUGAAGAUUUUGUUUGUGAUCCAUUUGAAGAAGCAGUGUUUACGCAAAUGCCAGAAGUAUGUCCGAUUGAUCGAGAUAAUAAUGAGAUAACUUGGACGACCGGUUUGAGGAGACGAGAAGGAACAAUUCGGUGGAAAAGUGCAAGUGGGUGUCACUAUAAUUGUAUUUCUCCGGGAUCUGGUAUUAGAUUGGUGAUGAACAAAAAGCAAGGGAAAAGCAGUAUACAAUUAUGCCAACCUGAGCAAUAUGGCUGUGGAAAAGUUAAAUCACCGUUCCAACAUGCAUCAAUAAUUUGUUCAAAGUAUAAAGAUAGAGUUCGAAGGCUCUCGGGUUUGGGAAUGCAGAUUUCUCCCUCAUUGGAAGACCCUGAUAGGCCGUGCAGGGUUGCUUGUCAGGACGAAAAUCUACCUCACCGAUUUUACCUAGUCAAUGGAGAAGACGGUUGGUUUCCAUUUGGCACUGACUGUUCCAGAGGAUCGACUGAGAAAAAAGCCUAUUGUAUCAGCGGCAAAUGCUUGGGUUUUGGUUCGGACGAUACUCCCUUGUCCGAAAGUGAGUUCACCCUUCCACUUUUGUCUCGAAAUAAGAGAUCACUAAAGAAAAAUGGCACCAAAGUUAUAGUAAAGUUAAAACAGGAGGAACUUGAUGAUAUUGUAGAUAAAUUUAAUAAGACUUUAUCAGGUUUUUCUAGCCAACCGGUUAAAAUAUUUGACGUAGACUAUAAUAACCCAGUGCAUCUUCACAAAGAAGCUAUUUUAAAGCCUGACGGUGGUUUCAGUGAUAAUGAUUAUCCUACAGGAUCAGACAUGAUAAAUUAUACAUAGGUAAAAUUCUAAAAUAUAUAUUUUUUGUAACAUAUACAUAUAAAAAAUAUUACUAAAAUUUAAUUUAUCAGAACAAUUGUUACUUAACGAUGACUUUGUAAUGAAUAUAUAAGAAAUGUUAGGAAAAAUU